GCAGGGUGUAGCGCGGCGCCGGCCCCGGCCACCAGUCUCUCUCGGACAUAUCCCCGGGGCGUGGAGCCCUGAGCCCCCCGGUGGUGGACGCCCAGGGGGAGGCGCCCCCAGCAACCUUUAACAAGUGGAGACGGAGGUUGGCCUCCUUCAACUUCUGUAUCUUUGAGUCCUCGGAACCGUCUUCUGGAGAGACAGAAGUUGUCCACUUCUGCCAGAGGACUCCUGAAACCUGCUAACCUUCUGCAAGAACCUCUCAUCGGCUCUCUCUUCAGGACCCGACCACAGAAAUCCUGCGAAGGAUGUACCAACUAGUCAAGUUUGCUACUGUUUCGAACUCUCAUCAAUAUGAACCUGGCGAAGCGUUCAGCGGGGAUUUAAGAUGAGCCGAGAAUGGUUGUUCCACGAGUCGUAGCUACGACAAUUAUCAGAAAUGUAGAAGACACCAAAACUGGCACUGGUGCCUCUCUUGCAUCGUUCAGGCGAGAGAGCUUCAGCUGACAUAGUGAAGAAGUUCUGGACGUCAACACUAGCCCAGGCGAGGGACAGUAACCGCACCAGUCGACGAAGGAGGAGGAGGAGGAGAAGGCGAGGAUAAGGGGGAUAGGAGGAAGGAUGUGCAGGUGGGUAGGACGGUGGUGGGAAAGCGUGUUGGUGGUGGUGUUUGUGGUGUGUGUCGUCCACGCCGCCAUGAUCCAGAAGAGAAGGAAGACGGCGCUCGUUGAGGGAGACAUUCUCAUCGGCGCGCUCUUCUCCGUCCACCACCAACCCAAGCAGAAGAGUGCCUUCACCCUCACCUGUGGCGAGAUCCGGGAGCAGUACGGCAUCCAGAGGGUGGAGGCCGCCUUCAUGACCAUUGAUAAGAUCAACAACGACUCUCAGCUGCUGCCCAACAUCACUCUGGGGGUGGAGAUCCGGGACUCCUGCUGGUACUCCUCCAUAGCCCUGGAGCAGAGCAUUGAAUUCAUCAGAGACUCGUUGGCGUCGCCCAUAGGCAGCACCAACAGCACCCAGCGACCCGACGCCUGCAAGUCCACAACUACAAGCAAGAGACUCGUCGGCGUCGUUGGUCCUGGCUCCUCUGACGUCACUAUACAGGUACAGAACUUGCUGCAGCUGUUCGGCAUCCCGCAGGUGGGUUACUCGGCCACCUCGCGGGACCUGAGCGACAAGUCCCGCUUCUCCUACUUCAUGAGGGUGGUGCCCUCCGACUACUACCAAGCCCAGGUCAUGGUGGAUAUCGUCAGGCACUACAACUGGACCUACGUCUCCGCGGUCCACACCGACGGCAACUAUGGCCAGAGCGGGAUGACGGCCUUCAGGGAGCUGGCUGAGAGCAACAACAUCUGUAUCGCCAAGGAGGACUCGGUCCUCAGUAACGCCGAGGACGAGGCCUUCGAUAUGGUGAUCGAGCAGCUGCGGGAGGACCAGAGAGCCAACGUAGUGGUGUGUUUCUGUGAGGGCAUGACCGUCAGGAACCUCCUGCUGGCCGCACAGAGGAACAACGUUACCUCCAGGUUUCUCUUCAUCGGCAGUGACGGCUGGGCGGACCGUUCCGACGUGGUGGCGGGCCUGGAGGAGGCGGCUGUCGGGGGCCUCUCCAUCAAGAUCAACAGCUCCUACGUGGCAGAGUUCGACGACCACUACUUCCAGCUGCACCCUGAGACCAACGACCGCAACCCGUGGUUCAGGGAGUUCUGGCAGAAUAGGUUCAACUGUUCGCUGCCUGGCCAGGAGGAGAUCGUCUCUCUACCUCGCUGCUCUGGUGAAGAGUCCCUCCGGAAGGGCUACAAGCAGGACACCAAGAUGGCCUUCGUGAUGAAGGCCAUCUACACGAUGGCGUGGGGCCUGCACAACAUGCAGCGGGACCUGUGCCCCGGCACCCAGGGCCUCUGUGACGCCAUGCUCCCCAUCAACGGCUCCCUCUACAGGGAAUAUCUAAUGAAUGUCACUUUCACCUAUAUGAACGAGUCAGUGACGUUUGACUUGCGGGGCGACCCACCAGGAAGGUAUGACAUCAUGAACUACCAGAGGCUGGAAAAUGGGAGCUUCGAUUACAUCCCCAUUGGGACGUGGGACAACGGAACUCUGGUCGUCCACGAGGAGCUGGUCAUCUUCAACAGCACCGACGGCCUCCCGCCCACCUCCGUCUGCUCGGAGCCCUGCAGCUACAAUGAGUUUAAGCAGAGCUUCGUGGGGACAGGCGACGACACGCAAAGAUGCUGUUGGAUCUGCACGGCCUGCGACCCGGAGGAGUACCUCAAGAACGAGACCGCCUGCGAGAAAUGCCAACCCGGGUACUGGCCAAACCUUAACAAGACAGGGUGUGACGCAAUCCCAGUGAAGCACAUCAUGUGGGGUGACACAGAGUCCAUUGUGGCGCUCAGUCUUGCUUCACUAGGCUUCAUGGCGACCUGCUUCUCUAUGGUGGUGUUCUUCAAGUAUAAUCAUACACCAGUGGUCAAGGCAUCUACUAGAGAGCUCUCCUACAUCAUCUUUGUGGGUAUGAUGGUGUCGUACUGCGCAACGCUGCCCCUCUUGGCUAGGCCUUCCACCCUGAGUUGCGCAGUCUCGCGGGUCAUGCCAGGCCUCUCCUUCGCCAUGAUCUACGCCGCACUGGUCACCAAGACCAACCGCAUCGCCAGGAUCCUUGCAGGCAACAAGAAGAUCAUGAUGCGUAAACCUCGCUUCAUGUCCGCUACUGCACAGGUGAUCAUCACGUGUAUAUUGAUCAGCAUUGAGGUAGGCAUCAUCACAACCAUGCUCAUCUUGGACCCCGCCGAUGUCAAACACAUCUAUCCACGUCCUGAGGAGGUUAAGCUGGUCUGUAACACAUCGCCACGAGGCAUCAUCGCCCCCAUGGGAUGGGACUUCUUCCUCAUCGCCAUGUGUACAGUCUACGCCAUCAAGACGAGAAACUUGCCGGAGAAUUUUAAUGAAGCAAAAUUCAUCGGAUUCUCCAUGUAUACUACCUGCGUCAUCUGGAUGGCGUGGGUUCCCAUCUACUUCGGCAGUGACCACAAGAUCAUCUGCAUGAGUAUGUGCACCUCGCUCAGUGCUCUCGUCACACUCGUUCUCCUCUUCUUUCCCAAGCUUUACAUUAUUCUUUUCAGACCAGAGAAGAAUGACCGGUCAGCCUUCAAAACUGCCACAACAGUUCGGUGUCAUAUUGGGUCAUCGAGCAAGGCCAGUCUGUCGAGACCCUCUGAUCCCUCGCCAAGUGCUGCUAUUGAAAGCAUGUACGUUGGGUCAGCUAUGCUAGGCUUCGGGCAGCCGCAGCUCUCCCUCAUGCAGAGGAUCCGCUCCAGCCUGGGCAUGCCCUUCAUCCCACCCCUUGGAAUUCUACCCAGAGACCCGAAUCCUCGCUCCUUGCUUAGACGGGAGAUCAGCGUGUGGAGUGACGCCAGCGGCAGCGUGGGCACCGCAGGCGGGACCAACAGCAACACCAGAGACAUGAUGCUGCGCAGAGCCUAUGGUUCCCAACUCGACCUCACAGGUGGCGAUGGGUUGUGGACCCGAGAGGAGAGGAGUUGCCAGACGACAGACGACCUCCUGGACCCUCUCAUACCCAGGCUGAGACGACGCGUGGCCCGGGCGGUGAGGGAGAACGAGAUCGAUGUCUGUGAAGGGCGAGAGUUCUUCAGCAUCACACAUAACUGGAUGAACUCACAGGCUGAGGCUGCCCGGACUGCGAUGCUGGGGAACGACAGUCAGCGGAGCAGCGAGGCCGAUGACCGACCAACCACCAUUAUCAGGGAAGACCUCGUAUUGGAAGAUAGAGAAAGCAGGAUCAAAGAACCAAUGACAACUUUAAUGGAAAAUGGUGUUGACAAUGAAACUGAGUGUUCAUAUUUAAUUAAACAAUCUGGUUCUUUGCAGGAAAUAGCAGAAUCAUCAGUUUACGAAAAAAGACAUGGCAUAAAAUUCCCAAUCUCUGCAAAAUAUAUGACUGAAAAAAACAAAAUUCAAAUUCCAGAUCAGGUUGAGAGAGAGAUUCGUUUUGAAGACUGUGGUCAAAGUGUACCCGCAGAGGAAGGAUGCAAUCACAAGUGCUUUCCUCUAAACAGCGUGCAAGACAAUUCCAUUAGUGGUGAAUGUAAUUCUUCACCAGAAAAACUACCUACCUGUGUUGAAAAUCAAAGUGAGUGUUCAGUUCAUAAACAAACUUGCACAGAUUCUCAAUUUGUUAACUUUAUUGGGUAUGGUUCAGUGAUGUCAAGUUCUAAAGACGUGAGUUGGGCUAAACAAUGUCCAGUUAGUUGUGAUAGCAGCAUAAUAUUCAAGAACAAAAUUGUACCCUUUAACCAGUCUACUCAAACAGAAAUAUCCCAUGAUAAACAUGGUUGGGUUUCAAACGCGGACGGGAGAAAUCUUGCGGUAGCAGCCAAUGAGAAUAUUGGAAAAAUGGAUCUAUAUCACCGGAAGAGAAAGGUGGGAGUGUCAGCCCGAGUGUCAGACGUUCGUGGCAUCCUCAAGUCAGUAAGAUUAUCUCCAGCAGAGAGGGAAACGAGGGUAUCAUUUAGUUCUCAGUUCUCUCCUCAAGGGGUUACUGCUGACGACGAGCCCCUCUCACCGACACUAUUGGAUGAAGAUGCCGAGGCCCGUAGUGAAGCUGCAGUCAAAGAGGUUCCGCGUCAGGCUUUAGCAUAUGAUAACAUAUGUGGACACAAACAGUCAACGUCAGAAGAAACUUCCUUUAGCAUCCUUGAAGAAGCCCUUAGUGCUGAAAGUGAUAUUGAAGCUUCAGAUCAUUGUGAAUUAAAAACUAUAAUUAUUAGGUUAGGUAGUGAUGAGGCAGAUGUUAAUAUCCCAUCAAUGACCAAAUCAGAAGUAAAUGGUAAUGUAAUUAACUGGAGACCAACUCUAGGCAAAAAUCAUAAAUUGCUGCCAUAUUCCUCAGCAAACUUUAGUUAUGAUAAUCCUUCAGUAAAUACAGAUACCGAAGUUUUGUACAAUGUUGAAGAUGUGCGAGGCGUGACUAUGUCUGGUGUGUCUUCGGGAAGUAACUUUAACGUGCAUGAAGGGCAGGAAGACCCAAGCAAAAAAUAUGCGAGAGAAAAUGAACUAGUUAUAUUAGACUUGCUACAUAGCACCUUCCCACAAAAGUAUUAUAGUACUCAAGGUUCACAGUCUCAUUGUGCCUCAACCACAUUACAAAAUUCCAAUAUUGAUUUGCCCACAUCUAGUAAUACUCCUGAAGACUCAGGCUCUCUCUCAGUUAAAUGUCUCACUAUAACUCCUCCAGAACUCUACAGAAAUACCCCACCAAAACACAUCCCUCCUCAAGAACCAGAUACACUCGACCUUUCAUACUUCAGUCAACCCAUUCCAUCACACAAAUCACAAUCUAUUUCUGAAAUCGAAGAGCACAGUCAUUAUAACUCUCAAUUACUGAACCCUGUAGUUGAAGAUUACUGCAUAGCAAACGUCGCAAACUCUCAAGACAUAGAAAUGGAGCCAAAGUAUAUUUCCUCUUCGUUAAACUCUGUUGUACAUGAAACUUCACCCGUACCACUCACCCCUUGUUUCAAAACAUAUCAAUGCCAGUCUUGUGCAGAAGUCCCGUCCUAUGUUAGUCCAACACCCAGUUGCCACACUGCCUCCACAGCACAGUAUCCCGCCGUGGAGGAAGACACACACACAGAUACCAGGUUAUGUAGAACUGAUACCGACGACGACACGGACGAAAGUACAACGCCUAUUAAGGAAUUCUUCCGAACUCAUGGCAUUAAAUUUGAUGUUACUUCGACGAAAUCAAAAAAACUGUAAGUGAUAUUAUCCUUAAUUUUGACUUUACAAUGUUCUUAAGGACUUUUCUUUUAGAAUAAAGCGGCUACUUAUA